AUGGAGCUUAGCAGAGCUGGCGGGCACUAUGGGGAAAAACAAAACAAGAAGAAAGUGGAGGAAGUGCUUGAAGAAGAGGAAGAGGAAUAUGUGGUGGAAAAAGCUCUUGAUCGACGAGUUGUCAAGGGAAAAGUAGAAUAUCUCCUAAAGUGGAAGGGUUUCUCAGAUGAGGACAAUACGUGGGAGCCAGAAGAGAACCUGGAUUGCCCUGACCUGAUCCCUGAGUUUCUACAGUCACAGAAAACAGCACAUGAGACAGAUAUAUCAGAGGGAGGCAAGCGAAAAGCCGACUCUGAUUCUGAAGAUAAGGGAGAGGAGAGCAAACCAAAGAAGAAAAAAGAAGAGUCAGAAAAGCCACAAGGCUUUGCCCGAGGUUUGGAGCCAGAGCGGAUUAUUGGAGCUACAGACUCCAGUGGAGAGCUCAUGUUCCUGAUGAAAUGGAAAAACUCUGAUGAGGCUGACCUGGUCCCUGCCAAGGAAGCCAAUGUCAAGUGCCCACAGGUUGUCAUAUCCUAUGAGGAAAGGCUGACGUGGCAUUCCUACCCCUCAGAGGAUGAUGACAAAAAAGACGACAAGAAUUAACUCUCUUGAGUAUCAGCCCCUGUCACCUCUUGACUGUGGGCUUCAAGGGGGGAGGGAAGGAAUUCUACUUGUCUUCACACCAUAAAGGUGGCUUGAGAAGAUGUCCUUUGAA